CUAACUGGAUACAAUUCAAGAACAGCUCAUCAGGGAACAACAAAGCAUCAAAACCUCAUCAUCAAGACUAAGCUGAUGAGGCAAAUCUAACUCCUUCUUUAUAACAAAGAAGAAAAGUUCUCCAGUGACAUCCACUUCCAGCCAACAGAACCAACCAUGCCUCCUCAGCUGCAGUCCCAGAACAAGGCAGGCAUCCGGGUUGUCCAGGGGGACCUGGGUGCACUGAGCCCGGCCGUCAAGGAGUUUGUAGAGACUAACAUCAACCUGUGUCAGCCCGAAUCACUGCACAUCUGUGACGGCUCUGAAGAGGAGAACCACACCAUCCUGGCCAAACUGGAGGAGCAGGGCAUGAUCAAGAAGCUGACCAAAUAUGAGAACUGCUGGCUGGCCCGGACAGACCCCAGAGACGUGGCCCGCGUGGAGAGCAAGACGGUCAUCGUGACCCAGGAGAAGAGGGACACGGUUCCGUCUCCACGAGUAGGUGGCAUCAGCCAGCUUGGGCGCUGGAUGUCUCAGGAGGAGUUGGACAAGGCUAUGGACCUGCGCUUCCCAGGCUGCAUGAAAGGUUGUACUAUGUACGUGAUCCCCUACAGCAUGGGGCCUGUGGGCUCUCCCCUGUCUAAGAUCGGAGUGGAGCUGACUGACUCACCUUAUGUGGUGGCCAGUAUGAGGGUGAUGACCCGCAUGGGCAAGGCUGUGCUGACCGCACUGGGAAACAGAGACUUUGUGCGCUGCCUUCACUCUGUGGGCUGCCCCCUGCCACUCAAAAAGCCCCUGGUCAAUAACUGGCCAUGCAACCCUGAGCUCACCCUGAUCGCCCACAUUCCUGACCGUAGAACAAUUGUGUCCUUUGGCAGUGGCUACGGAGGGAACUCCCUGUUGGGAAAGAAAUGCUUUGCACUCCGCAUUGCCUCCCGCAUCGCCAUGGAGGAGGGCUGGCUGGCCGAACACAUGCUGAUCCUGGGCAUUACUAACCCUGCUGGUCAAAAGAAGUAUAUUGCAGCUGCGUUCCCCAGUGCCUGUGGCAAAACCAACCUGGCCAUGCUCAGUCCCACACUCCCCGGCUGGAAGGUGGAGUGUGUUGGGGACGACAUCGCCUGGAUGAAGUUCGAUGACGAAGGCAACCUGAGAGCCAUUAACCCAGAGAAUGGCUUCUUUGGUGUGGCACCUGGAACCUCAGCAAAGACCAACCCCAAUGCCAUGGAAACCAUUUGCAAAAACACCAUCUUCACCAAUGUGGCCGAGACUAGCGAUGGUGGUGUCUACUGGGAGGGCAUGGACCAGGAACUCCCUGAGGGAGUCACGGUGACCUCCUGGAAGAACAACCCCUGGACAUCCCAGGAUGGAGAGCCCUGCGCACAUCCCAACUCCCGCUUCUGCACUCCAGCUAGUCAGUGUCCCAUCAUUGACCCCCAGUGGGAGUCCCCUGAGGGUGUCCCAAUUGAAGCAAUCAUCUUUGGGGGACGUAGACCUGAAGGUGUCCCCCUGGUUUACGAGGCCUUUAGCUGGCAACACGGAGUGUUUGUCGGAGCUUCCAUGAGAUCAGAAGCCACAGCUGCCGCAGAGCACCAAGGCAAGUUGAUCAUGAAUGACCCCUUCGCCAUGCGGCCCUUCUUCGGCUACAACUUUGGCCGUUACCUGUCCCACUGGCUGAGCAUGGCCGGGCGGCCCAACGCCAAGCUGCCGAAGAUCUUUCACGUCAACUGGUUCCGCAAGAGCCAGUCCGGCAGCUUCCUGUGGCCUGGCUUCGGGGACAACAUCCGUGUGCUGGAGUGGAUGUUCCGCAGGUUGGAUGGAGAAGCCGGAGCCAUGCCCUCCGCCGUGGGCUACCUGCCCUGCAAGGGCUCCCUGAACCUGGAGGGCCUGGGGGAGAACCAGGUGAACCUGGAGGAGCUGUUUAGUCUGUCUAAGGACUUCUGGCAAAAGGAGGUGGAGGAUAUUAGGGCCUACUUUGACAUCCAGGUUAAUGACGAUCUUCCCAAUGAGGUGGCCAAGCAGCUAGAGUGUCUUGAGCACAGGGUGAGGCAGAUGUAGGGAGAGAUAGAGACAGAGAGCGAUAAAGAGAAAUGUGGCACUUCUGAGCCCAAAAGCCCUUAGACCUCUACAGACGAGAGAAUAGAGAUCAUUCUAGAAUAUUUAACUGAGCUAGUUAGCUAUUUUCAAAAGACACUUUAGAAACCUGCUGUGUAGAGAACUUUAAUUUUCCUCAAAGUUGUUUUCUAAUUCUCUUGUAAAACAGAAAUCCUCCACUGUUAGCAUAUUUACCUAGUUAAAAUAGAGGUGAAUUACACUUGAAUAAGAUUAGCGAUGAAUUUAAGAAUAUCUGGGAACAGUCUUUGUAGUCCCAAUUGAUCAGUUGCUCAUCUCGGUUUUCAAAGCAUAUGAUGCAGUCCAAACAACUGAUGUCUGUGUUAUUUAACAAUAACUUAUUUAUGCACAAUAGCCAAAGCCAUAUGUUUAUAUGGUAAUUCCAUGUUGGUACAGCGGGUUAGAGGUGAACAUUGCUGUACCAUGGACCCAACCACCUACAUGUAUUUCACCCCUACACAUCUCAAAUGUGUGUAGGUCUUCACUGUUUCUGUUUUGUUAUGUCCUAAUUUAUUUUUGUACUCUAUCGUAUUGCCUUGUUGUUUCUUUUUUGUAAUCUGAAAUCUCAAAAGGAAGACAACAAUAAACUUUAUUUAAACUUUAAAUUCA